AGCAAGCAAGCCAGCAACGUUCUUUCACUCACUGAUCUUUCUGUGUUCUGUUUGUCGGCCAUUGACAUUCUUCUCUACAUAAGCUUGAAUCUGCAUAUUGAUACUUCUUAACACUUCAUUCGGUGGAGUACAUACUCGAGACCAUCCUUGUGCAUAUAUCAGACAUAUACCCGAGGCAGCGCCCUUCCUUCCUUCUUUCUUUCUUUCCAAGUGACUUUCUCCUUCUUCUGGUCUACAUAGAUCUGCUUCAGCAUAUAUACAUACACAUACAGAUCCUGGAGUUGUCCUGCGCCGGCGCAUACAACACCACAGCACACCUCACCGCAUCAAAACCACAACCACAACCAUAAUCAACCUCGCGCAGCAACCCAACCCCACCACACCAAAGCCCUCAAGUACCUUAAGAAUGUGGUUCCUCCUCCUCCGCCUCUUCAAGUUCGGCGUCAAAGCCCACAAAACCCACAAGGCCAAAAAGAACGGCACCUACGACCCUUCCUCCUCUUCGGGGGGAUUCCCCAUGUCCGCAUCCAACAAAACCGGCACCACCACCACCAUCUCCGCCACCUCGAACAACAUCCCUCCACACCUCCGCCGCAGCAAGCCAAAACACUACCUCAACCUCUUCCUGCACAUCCUCCAACUCGCCUUCGGGUUAACCGCCCUAGCCCUCUACGCGCACCACAUCCACACCAUCCACGACUCGUCCCCGACGGCCACAGCCGGCGCGAAAUGGGUGUACGCGAUCGUGACUGCAUUGCUGGGCUGCGGCACCGCGAUAGCGUACAUCGUGCUGAUGCAGUACAUUCUGAAGACGAGAGUGCCCGUCGCGCGGCGGGAGAGCUGGCAGCUGCCCAUGUUUGUGUGGGAGGCGGUGCUGUGUGUGGUGUGGUUGACGCUGUUUGGGAUCUUCGGGACGGAGUAUCUGGGCAAGAAGUCGGCGACGGAGAGUGGGGAGACAAGGCGGAUGCGGCAUGCCGUUUGGGUGGAUUUGGUGAAUUUGGGGCUCUGGGUGGGUUCGGCGGGGUGGACGGGGGUGAGGUGGUGGGGGAAUCAGAGAAGACCUACUGGAGAGGGGGAGGGUGAGGGGCUGGAGAAGGGGGUUGAGGGGGAGAUGGUUUGAUUCUUCUUCUUGGGUAGUUAUGGGGUUUGGAGACGGAGGGUGGAAGGGAGGAGGGGUUGGGUUGGGGG